CUGCGUGAGAUUUUGCCAUUAGCUUUAAACGACGCUCCGCAGCUCUCGCGAGGUUUUCCUCCCCGCAGGGCCAUUAGCUGGUUCUCGCGAGAUUUGGCGGACAGUGUUUGCGGUGACGCACGGAGGAAGCCUCCCGGUUUUCGUUACACGGAGUCCGGAGGGAGCGGCCCUGAUGGAGCCAUAGGGAGGACGGAAGGUCAUGUGUGCUUGCGGACGAGUAGUGUGAGGACGCUGGGAGUGGCAUGGCAGGACGUCCCCAUCCUUAUGACAGCAACUCCAGCGAUCCAGAGAACUGGGAUCGGAAAUUGUGUAAUAGACCUCGUAAACUGUACAAACACUCAAGCACUCCGUCUCGAGGAGCUAGAGCAGGCGCUGGCCACACAAAGAUGAGUCUCCAUGGUGCCAGCGGCGGUCACGAACGUUCCCGCGAUAGACGUCGUUCCAGUGACAGAUCCCGAGACUCGUCCCACGAGCGAGGAGGAGAGAGCCAGCUGACCCCCUGCAUCCGAAACGUUACCUCCCCUACUCGGCAGCAUCAAAGCGAUCGAGAGAAGGAAUACUGUUCGUCCCGGCCGAGCAGCCCCCGCCCUCAGAAAACCUCCCCCAACGGUUCCGGUAGUAGCGUCGGCCUCAGUAGCCGCAACAGUAGCCAGUCCAGUUCGGAAGGGAUUUGUAAGACUGCUGGGGAGAUGGUGUUUGUGUACGAGAAUGUAAAGGAAGGAGCGCGGAGCAUCCGCACCGCCGAGAGAGUCACCCUCAUAGUGGACAACACCCGCUUUGUUGUAGACCCGGCCAUUUUCACCGCGCAGCCAAACACAAUGCUGGGCAGGAUGUUUGGAUCGGGCAGAGAACACAAUUUCACCCGUCCCAAUGACAAGGGGGAGUUCGAGGUGGCCGAGGGGAUCAGCUCCACUGUGUUUCGGGCCAUUCUGGAUUAUUACAAGACCGGGAUAAUUCGCUGUCCAGACGGAAUCUCUAUCCCGGAGCUCAGAGAGGCUUGUGACUAUCUGUGUAUCUCGUUCGAGUAUAGCACUAUCAAAUGUAGAGACCUCAGUGCCCUGAUGCAUGAAUUGUCCAAUGAUGGCGCCCGCAGACAGUUUGAGUUUUACCUGGAGGAGAUGAUUCUGCCCCUGAUGGUCGCCAGCGCUCAGAGCGGGGAGCGGGAAUGUCACAUCGUGGUGCUGACCGACGACGACGUGGUGGACUGGGACGAGGAGUACCCUCCGCAGAUGGGAGAGGAAUAUUCUCAGAUUAUUUACAGCACCAAGUUGUACAGGUUCUUCAAGUACAUAGAAAACCGAGAUGUAGCAAAGUCUGUUCUGAAGGAAAGAGGCCUUAAAAAGAUCCGACUCGGCAUUGAAGGUUAUCCAACAUACAAGGAGAAGGUGAAGAAGAGGCCGGGGGGUCGGCCCGAGGUCAUCUAUAACUAUGUGCAGAGACCCUUCAUCAGGAUGUCCUGGGAGAAGGAAGAAGGGAAAAGCCGACAUGUGGACUUCCAGUGCGUGAAAAGCAAAUCCAUUACAAACCUGGCCGCAGCCGCCGCCGACAUCCCACAGGACCAACUGGUGGUUAUGCACCCGACACCUCAAGUAGACGAGCUCGACAUCUUACCCAAUCACCCCACCCCGGGCAACAACGACACAGAACCGGACGGGCAGAACUCCACCUUAUAAUCCAGGCCUCACUACAGGACGUUCGCUGAGUCUGUGACAUCCCGAGACUGUCUAGGCGGCCGCAGCCCAGUUCCACCAGUCACUGGUGCCGAUUUUUUCUUUCUACAAUCAUUACAAAAAGGGAGGGGCGAGCGGCGCCACCUACAGGACGUGUAAUAUACCAAUGAGCUGUUUUGGUUGUGCAGUGUGGACUUUUCUUUUACUGACCAAAGCCGAGGUUCCCGCUGUGUCGUGUUUCUGAUGAUGUUGGCUGUCUAUUCACUCCUUCACCCUCACAUUGUAACAAACCCCCCGCUCUGCGGCUGGAGGCGAUCACAGGGUCCCCCUCUAUCAUAGUGGCACUUUAUGGAUGGUUUCAGAUGGUGUUUGUAAAGUUAUUUUAUAGUAUAUUAGUACAAAGUGCAUCUAUAAAAAGAAGAAAAGUUUAUUAUGUUUGGAUAUUUAGUGAUCUUAUUAAUCCCUCCCAUGUAUUCACUGAGCACAGGCGGGCGGUGUCCCCUCCUCCAGCGCUGGAGAUGACAUUUACCCCUCCGAUCAGAUAUUGUGAAACGGCAGCGGCCGGAGAGUCAGUCAAUGGGGCUUGGAGCAAGCGAUGCCUUAAACCUCACAAUCUUUCCUGGACCUGGUUUACCAAUAAAUGAUUGUAUGUUUUGCAUUGAAA